AUGCCGCUGUUCAGACUUGCUGGCUGGCUGAAUGCUGUGGCCUGUGGACUCCUGAUUAUUCUCCUCCAUGUGCGGGGUCAGGACUCACCAGAGGCCAACCCCAUCAGAAACACAGAUGCAGGAAAAGUCAGAGGCAGCCUUGUCCAUGUGAGGGGCACCAAGGUUGGUGUCCACAGAUUCCUGGGAAUUCCCUUUGCCAAGGCACCAGUAGGACCACUGCGCUUUGCACCCCCUGAAGCCCCUGAACCGUGGAGUGGUGUGAGAGAUGGGACCUCGCAACCGGCCAUGUGUCUACAAAAUGAUGAUAUAAUAAAUUUAGAUGGUCUGAAGAGGAUAAAGCUGAUCAUGCCUCCCAUCUCUAUGUCUGAGGACUGCCUGUAUCUCAACGUCUACACACCAGCGCAUGCCCGUGAGGGCUCUAACCUGCCUGUGAUGGUGUGGAUCCAUGGUGGUGCACUGAUUAUAGGCAUGGCCUCCUGGUAUGAUGGGUCCAAACUGGCAGCCACUGAGGAUGUGGUGGUUGUUAAUAUCCAGUACCGUCUGGGUGUCCUAGGCUUUUUCAGCACUGGAGACCAGCACGCCAGAGGCAACUGGGGCUUCUUAGACCAAGUGGCCGCCCUACGCUGGGUCCAGCAGAACAUCGCCCACUUUGGAGGCAACCCUGACCAAGUCACCAUCUUUGGCGAGUCUGCAGGUGGCACAAGUGUGUCUUUCCAUGUUGUGUCCCCCAUGUCCCGAGGACUCUUCCACAGAGCCAUCAUGCAGAGCGGAGUGGCCCUGCUGCCUCUCCUUAUCUCUAACACUUCUGAGAUCGUCUUCACGAUGGUGGCAAAGCUAUCUGGUUGUGCAACUUCGAACUCAAAGGCCCUGGUGCACUGUCUUCGAGACAAAAGUGAAGCAGAAAUUCUGGCGAUUAACAAGGCCUUCAGGAUCAUCCCUGCUGUGGUGGAUGGAGAGUUCCUACCCAGGCAUCCUCAGGAGCUCUUGGCCUCUGCUGAUUUUCACCCUGUCCCCAGCAUCAUUGGUGUCAACAAUGAUGAGUAUGGCUGGAUUCUCCCACUGAUCUUCAACACUUAUCAGACGUUAAAGAGAAUAACCAGAGGUACCCUGCGGGCUAUUCUGAAGAGCACAGUAGCAGAACAGUUGGUGAGAACCUUUGAGACCUGCCCCAUUGAGAAGACUUCUUAA